GAAGUACAUAGGUGGGAUUUCCUUUGGAAAAAAACUGGGGAAAACAUUCAGUUUUAUGGACAGAAAAUAAUGACAUGCCUGCAAUGACUGUAACAUUAAGUGUAGUAUUUCUUUCCUUCAUUCAGCUGUCUACUCAGUUGGGCAUUGGUAUCUUUUCUAUCUACAAUGAAGAGCACAAAAAAUGUGUCAUUGUUAAAAGCACUAAUUCAGUUAUAGCUGGAAACUGCGCGCCAACUGAUCCAAAUCAACAGUUCAGAUGGAUUUCAGAGAACAGAGUGAUGAGUAUUGCAUUUACACAAUGCCUUGGGGUACCUGCAAAGAAGGACUGGGUUCCAGUCACCCUUUAUCCCUGUGAUGCAAAAAGUGAAUUCCAGAAAUGGGAGUGUAGAAAUGAGACCCUCUUUGCACUAAGUGGUGUUGACCUGCAUUUUAACUAUGGCAACAAAAAUGAGAAAAAUAUCAUGUUGUACAAAGGAUCUGGAACAUGGAGCAGGUGGAUCACUUUUGGCACAAAUGAUGAUUUAUGUUCUCGAGGAUACGACGACAUAUUUUCCUUGAGUGGUAAUGGUAACGGGCAGUCCUGUGCGUUUCCUUUUCUGUUUCAAAACAAGUGGUAUGCUGACUGCACGAAGGACGGAAGAGCCGAUGGACUGAGCUGGUGUGCAACAACAGAAAAUUAUGAUACAGAUGGGAAGUAUGGGUUUUGUCCCAUAAAAUCGACCAGUGAAUGCGGGAAAUUUUGGGUUAAAGAUCCAAUGAGUGGAGUUUGCUACCAGAUCAGUAAAGAAGCUGCCCUUACUUGGCAUGAAGCAGGGAAAAGCUGUCAACAGCAAAAUGCAGAACUGUUAAGUGUCACUGAGCUAACAGAACAAACUUACCUCUCAGGACUAACAAAUGAACUAAGUUCUCCAUUAUGGAUUGGCUUGCACAGCUUGGAUUUUCAUGUCGGUUGGCAGUGGAAAGAUGGUGGUCCUUUCAGAUACCUGAACUGGGCUCCAGGAAACCCUGCUGGCCAGCCCGGAAAGAACUGUGCAUCACUGCAUCCUGGAAAAAAUGCAAAAUGGGAAAACUGUGAAUGUGGCCUAAAACUGGGAUACAUUUGUAAAAAAGGAAAUACCACCAGAAACCUUUUCAUUGAUCCGUCUGUUAAUAAUCUGCAUAUUAAGUGCCCGGAUCAGUGGGUUCCUUAUGCAGGAAACUGUUACACAAUCAAGAGAGAAGCGAAAAUGUGGAAGGAUGCAUUGGUGUCAUGUCGAAAAGAAGAAGCUGACCUUGCCAGUAUCCAUAAUAUCGAGGAACACAGUUUUAUAUUCUCUCAGCUUGGAUAUUUGCCAACUGACAUACUCUGGAUUGGUUUGAAUGACCAAAAGCACCACAUGCUGUUUGAAUGGAGUGACAUGACUCCAGUUACCUUCACCAUAUGGAAGCAGGGAGAGCCAAGCCAUCUACAAAACAGACAAGAAGACUGUGUGCUCAUUGAGGGAAAGGAUGGCUACUGGGCAGAUCACAUCUGCGAAAAGAAACAUGGCUACAUUUGCAAACGAAAACCAUUAUCUAUGACUCAUGAAGAUCUGGCUAUAACUGAAAAAGGUUGUAAGAUGGGUUGGAAGAGACAUGGAUUCUACUGUUACUUCAUUGGGUCCACUGCCAAGACCUUUGCUGAGGCAAAUCAAACAUGCAGAAGUGAUGGGGCUUAUCUGGUCACUGUUGAAGACAGAUAUGAGCAGGCUUAUUUGACAAGUCUAAUUGGCCUGAGACCAGAGAAAUAUUUUUGGCUUGGUAUGUCUGACAUACAGAAGAGAGGAACAUUUACAUGGACUGAUUUAGAGACAGUAACAUUUACCAACUGGAAUGUACGGAUGCCAGGAAGCCAAUCAGGAUGUGUUGCUAUGAGAACUGGAAUUAAUGCUGGCUUGUGGGAUAUUGUCAAGUGUGAAGAAAAAGUGAAAUAUAUCUGUAAACACUGGGCAGAGGGAGUAACGUCACCUCCAGUUCCAACAACAACUCCUGCUCCACAGUGUUCAGAAGGAUGGUUUUCUACUUCAAAUUCAAAAUACUGCUACAAACAUUUCUUUGGUACAAGAGAAACCAAGAAGACCUGGUAUGAAGCUCGAGAUUAUUGUCGAGAUAUUGGAGGAGAUCUAGCUAGUAUUCAUACUAAAGAUGAAGAAUAUGCUAUUGACACUGGCAUAACAUUUGAAGGUCGUUAUUCUCAUCUCUACUGGAUUGGUCUCAAUAUACUGGAUCCUACAAAAGGAUAUGUAUGGACGGAUGAUUCACCUAUGGACUAUACUAACUGGAAUUAUGGCGAACCAAACAAUCACCAUGGAAUAGAGCUUUGUGUAGAGCUCAGACCAUCUUCAAGAAUGUUUUGGAAUGACAGACACUGUGAAUAUUUUAAUGACUGGAUCUGCCAAAUUAAGAAAGGUGCUGAAGUGAAAAGUAUAGCGAUUAAUACAUCAGUUACAGAAUAUAAUACGACUGAAGAUGGCUGGGUAAUAUGCAAUGGGUCUGACUACUAUUUUAGUAAGGACAAUGUCCCCAUGGAGCAAGCCAGAGCCUUUUGUAAAAAGAAUUUUGGGGAUCUUGCUGUGAUUGAUGGUGAAAGUGAAAGACGCUUUGUGUGGAGGCAGAUUGCAAAGAGUGAAAUUAAUAACUUCUAUAUUGGACUCAUUUUAGGACUUGAUGGAACAUUCAGGUGGAUGGAUGGAUCACCAUUAACCUACGUAGCUUGGGAUGCAAAUGAACCAAACUUUGCAAAUAAUGAUGAGAACUGUGUUGUGGUAUACAAAGAUAUGGGUUUCUGGAAUGAUAUUAACUGUGGUUUUCCAAACCCUUUCAUAUGUGAAAGGCCAAGCAACUUCAUCAACACAACUGUAUUGCCUACAACACCAACACCAGUGAAGGGAGGAUGUCCUGAAGGCUGGCUUGGCUUUGGCAAUAAGUGCUAUGGAAUUUUUGGAAAGACUGCAGAAGAACAACUCAUCUGGCUGGCUGCAAGAAAUGAAUGCUUGAGUUUUGGUGGGAAUUUAGUAUCCAUUAUGAAUGCAAGGGAACAAGCAUUCCUUACUGUAAACCUGAGGAACAUGAAUGUUGGCUUCUGGAUUGGCUUAAAUGAUAUCAAUCAAGAAUUUCAGUUUCUCUGGACAGAUGGGCGACCAGUGUAUUACACAAACUGGGCAAAAAAUUACCCAAAGGGCUACAGUGAAAACUCUCAAUAUGGCUUCUCAUUCCUUAAACAUCUUCGAGCCAUCUUGAAGGAAGAUUUUCAACCUUACAGGGAAAAUCAGAUUGUUGACUGCGUAUUAAUAGCUACCGGCAAGGUAUCAGAAUCCGGAUACUGGCUGGAUGAAGAUUGCAAACUUUCAAGAGGUUACAUAUGCUACAAAUCUAGAGACCCUAACAUACCACAGAAGCCAACAGCAGACACAAUUAAGGACACCAUCACUUUUGAUAACAACACUUAUAGAAUAGUCCAGAGUAAAAUGAAAUGGGAUGAUGCAAUGUCUGAAUGCACUGCCAAAGGUUAUAAUCUUGUCAGCAUUCUGAAUGUAUAUGAAAAUGCUUUCCUCUGGCUGCAGGUUCUUAAGUUUGGAGAGCCCAUUUGGCUAGGCCUAAACAGCAAAAAGACUGGAGGGCAGUAUAAAUGGACAGACAAAUGGAAGCUGCGCUUUACAAAAUGGGGACCAUCACAACCUGAUAAGAAUAUGGCCUGUGUUUACAUGGAUGUGGAUGGAUUAUGGAAAACAUCAUCAUGUGAUAAUGAAUCUUACGUAAUCUGCAAGAAGUCAGAUGAUGUUCCUCCAACUGAUCCACCCGAGCACCCUGGGAAAUGUCCAGAUGCAAUUAAAGGAAAAGACUGGGUUCCUUUCCGUGGCUACUGCUAUUUCUUUGAGGCUUCAUAUUCUAAAAGCUGGGGUCAGGCAUCUCUUGAUUGCCUUCGGCAAGGUGCAUCUUUAGUCUCUAUUGAAGAUGAACUUGAAGAAAGAUUUCUCUGGCACAGCACAGAAUUAUUAUCUGACAAAACUCGCUCAUUCUGGAUAGGAAUGUUCAGAAAUGUAGAUGGUCAAUGGCUGUGGAUAGACAAUUCAGCUGUGGAAUUUGUUAACUGGGCCGAUGGAAAGCCUUCUGGUGAAGAUGAUACCAGUCAUGAAGACUGCGUGGAAAUGUAUUCAGCAAAGGGAACCUGGAAUAAUAAUUACUGCCGUUCAUACAGAGGAUAUAUCUGCAAGACAGCUAAGAUUAUUGAGCCUACCUCAAAACCUGUAAGAACAGACAAUAACGGUGGCAUGACCGGCGGACAUGAAGCACCGGCUUCGCAUAGUGUUACUGGAGUUGUCGUCUUCAUCGUAAUUGUCAUUCUAGCCAGCACUGGUGGAGCUGCAUAUUACUACUACAGAAGAAGGCAGAAGCCUUUUACAAAUGAAGAUAAUUUUGACAACUCGCUCUACUUCAAUUCUGAGAGUCUAGGUGAAGCUGGAGACAAACGGGUUCUUGUGGCCAGUAUUGAACAGAAUGAACAUGCCACAGUUUAAUCUACCAGGAGUCUGAAUUUCUGUCAGAGACUAUGCAAAUUGUUUAAUGCACUACAUUGCCAAGCUCUUUCGGCCUCCUUCACUUUGUACCUCUCUACUGGAUUUAUGAUUACCAUGCAACUGCACUAGCAUUUUGCCGUUCUGUUUCCCCCUCUAAGUAUUAGAGAAUUCAGAACUGAUCAUACAGGAAUUAUUGACUGAACUAAGCAAAAACCUGAAUUCAUGUUUUAUUAAAAUUAUUGUAGAUAUUUUGAAGACUUGAGUGUAUUUUGUAAUAAAAUUCUGAGUGUUUGAAAUUU